AUGACUCUGAAACACCGUGGGCGAGUACACAGGGACAGAGAGCAAAUUAGUGCUGACUUAGUCCUGGGGAAACUGGAGAGUCAAGAGGGCAUCUCUGUGGACACACAGGAGGCAGAGGCAGACUGCUAUCUCAGCUCAAGAUUAGCAUGGCAAGUCUAUCAGAUCAUGAAGCCCCUGAAUCCCAACUUCUGCUUCCUCCAGUGCAUCAGUGCGUACCCACUACAGCCCGAGGAUGCCAACUUACGUGUCAUCUCGGAAUACCAGAAGCUCUUUCCUGACAUUCCCAUAGGGUAUUCUGGGCACGAGACAGGCAUCGCCAUAUCUGUGGCCACAGUGGCUCUGGGGGCCACGGUGUUGGAACAUCAUAUAACUUUGGACAAGACCUGGAAGGGAAGUGAAAACUUAGCCUCACUGGAGCCUGGAGAACUGGCAGAGCUGGUGCGGUCUGUGCGACUGGUGGAGUGGGCACUGGGCUCCCCAACCAAGCAGCUACUGCCCUGUGAGAUGGCCUGCAAUGAGAAGCUCGGCAAGUCCGUGGUAGCCCAAGUGAAAAUCCCAGCAGGCACCAUCCUGACCCUGGACAUACUCACUGUGAAGGUGGGGGAACCCAAAGGCUAUCCUCCUGAAGACAUCUUCAACCUGGUGGGCAAAAUGGUGCUGGUCACUAUUGAAGAAGAUGACACGGUCUUGGAGGAAUCCGUCCAAAGUCAAAGCAAGAAAAUCAAGGCUUAAAAUAAAGUGCCACUCCGGGCUUCUCGGCCACCCUGAAAAAAAAAAAAAAAAGAUUAGUAUGGCAGCCUGGUCUACAGAGCAGGUUCCAGAACAGCCCAGGCUACCCAGAGAAACCCUGUCUCCAAUCACCAAAAAGAAAAGAAUACACUUGUUCCCUUAUCUGCAGAGAUACUUUCCAAGAUGUUUCCAGGUACCCACAAACACAACUGAAUAUAGAACCAUAUAUAUGCUUAUCAAGCACUAUAGAUAUGUAUAAUGCUUAAGAAGUUAUUACCAAUAACACAAUAACUAAUAAAAUAAGUUUAACAAUAUAGUUCAAUAACAGUUAUUCAAAUCUACGAGUUUCUGGUAUUUCUAUUUAAUGUUGAAGGCUUCACUUGACUGUAGGUAAUUGAAAAUAGAGUGAAAGAAACAUCUGAUAAGGAAGAAGCUACCAUAAUCACUUUAUUGCUAUUAAAGAUGAGUUCCACAUGAAAGUGAGUAAAACCAUUGAGAAAGACAAAGCAGGCCAAUAGGAAAGGGGAGGGUGAAAGAAAGAUCGAAUUGGUUGAUUGAGUUCUAUAAAUAGGUAUAAGAAUGAGCCUGAGAUAUCUCUGAAUUAAAACAGAUUGAUUUAGCAAGGGAGUCACAAACUAUGUCACUUAACUCUCUGAUGUUACUUCAUAGAGAGUAGAGACUACAUCCUUGAGACCUAGCAUUUGAGAGGCUGAGGCAGAAGGGUCUUAAGAGUUUGAGGCCAUCCUGGGUUAUAAAGAGAAACCUUAUCUCCAAAAAAAUUAAUAAUAAUAACAAAAGCUCAUGUAUUCUUGGUUUUCCUCUUGGGAUUAUAAAAUGACAGAUUCAUAAGGGGCUUUAAAUAUUACAUCUGUCAUUUUUAAAAAAAUAAUUUUUCACCUCAUAGGGAAGAAAAGAGUUUAUUUUGCAGCCAAAUAUGAGUAACCUGGCCUGGGAAUAGAUUUCAGUUGUCCCAGAUACCAUGUUUCACUGUGGAAGUUAAUUACAUGAGUUUUAUUAGUUACAGACAAAUAAAGUCAUUAAUCAAGGGAUUUAACAAGCACUGGUGUGGACUACAGUAGAUGGGUUACAGCAAAGCAAGGAAACUCCUUAGACGUUUUAGAGUUUAGCGGGUAAUAUCCUUGGCUUUUGGACUGGUAGAUGCUAGCGGUCUGUUAACAGAUUUUAAAGACUUCAGUAGUAAUCAUGCUCUCCCAUCAGACACAGGGGAGGCAAUGAAUGACUUUCAGAGGGACCAAAAAUAUCCUAAGGUAAUUUGUUUAUAGCCUAUAAUACAUUUAUUCUCCGUAAUUACACAGUUCAGUCAUUUAGCCUCCUAGAAACUCGUACAGAGAUCAAGCUAUGUUUCCCCUCAGGGACUUGAAUUUACACAUCUUUACCAUCACAUCUUUAUCAUGAAUAAAGCCAAGUGGUGUGCCUUACUGAGGCUUGCCUCUCUUCUCCACCUUGGGGUAGGGGUGGAGGGACAUCGUUAGCAUAAACUCCAAAGCAAGCUAUCUUUUGCAUCUCUCUAACUUCAUUUUGUCAUACUUACUACUUUAGGCUAAAGGUCAGGGCAACUGAGUAGACUUCCUUCUAGAAAUCAGUCUCAGUUCAGUGGGUGUGGUGAUACACACCUGUUUCACCAGCUCUCAGACUGAGGCAGGAAGUUACAAGCAACUUCCAGAUUAUUCUGGGCCACAUGGCAAAACAUGAAGCAAACCAGUCCCCUACUAAGGAAUCUAAGCAUGGUGAGGAUUGUUUUAGCAGGAAAUGGGGUAGGAGGUAGCUCUUAAAAGCAGACAUAACAUCCACCACAGAAUACACAUACCAGUGUCUGUUUGGAAAUGACAACCAGAGAAUGUCCAUUACACAUGAAUGCAAUUUUAAAAAUAUGUUAUAGGGUAGAGGAGCUAUGAGUGACAGAAUGUCUUGCCUGCUCAGAUGUGAGACUCUGGGUUUGAUAAUCAACACUACUACAAUAAUAAUAAUAAUAAUAAUAAUAAUAAUAAUAAUAAUAAUAAUAAUAAAAAAACAAAUUGUAAUUGCCCUCUAUGGUACUGGAGAGUGGUUAUGAUUAUUGUUGCUCUUGCAGAAAAUCCAGUUUGUUUUCCAGCACCCACAUGGAGAUUACAACCUUCUGUAACUCUAGUUCCAUGGGAAUCUGAUAUCCUCUUCUGACCUCCAGGGGUGCUGCUUACCUGUGCUACACAUAAGUGCAGGUGAACCAUUCACACACAUUAAAAUGAUAGUUAAAAAAAACAGAACCUUUUGUAAAGUCCUAUUCUUUUAUAGAGGUCAUGAUUACAUGAUCAUAGGGACUUAUUAGAAACUGCUCCUUGCUCCCCCUAGCUGUUCCCGUUUGUUUCCAAUCCCUCUCUAAUUCCCUCUGCAAAAGAGAAGUCCCUCCUUAGUUUUCAUUUAACUAGCUGUGGGAGAUCAAAGCAGUAUGAUGUCCAUGUCUGGAUCUGCCUAAAUAUGUCGUCAUCUCACAGGCCUUCCAUUCUAAAACUACCCAACCCCCUCCACUCAGCACUAAGCAGCCAGGUUAGAACAACCUUGCCCCAUAUCCCAUGGAAAUGGGAUGAUUAUCAGUGGGGAGCGUGGCAGUCUAGAGAAGAAUCAUGUAUAUGCACACUGUGUGUGUGUGUGUGUGUGUGUGUGUGUGUGUGUGUGUGUGUGUGUGUGUGUGUGUGUAUGUGUGGAUGUAAAAGUAUAGCUACUUAACUAUAACCGUUAUUAGUUCAGUCCUUGGGAGGGUGAGAUGAUGAAUUGGGAGCGGCAGUCUCUGGAGAAGGAUGUAUGCUAUCCAUAGCUGAAGGACGAGGCUGCCAAGCACGUAAGAGAAGGGUAGGUGUACAUGACCAGAAACUGAGUGGAGAUCCCAGAGUCCUGAACUGCCUUACAUUUGCCAACCUCAGAUCACACACACACACACACACACACACACACACACACACACACACACACACACACAUUUAAAACUUGAUGGGUUUUGAUAAGCCAACAGGUAACAACCAUUCUAAUUACAAUAGAAUGUAUCUUUUACCAUAGAAAAUUCACUUGUAGCCCUCUUCUGAUCUUUUGAGGGAUUAAAAAAAAAUAUGCCUCCACUUUCUGACCUACAUCUGUCAAAUAAUUACUUACAGUGGGGUUUGGUGUUUAUUUCAUAAACUGCUUUCCCCCUAUCUCAAUAUGUCUGUGGCGAACUAUUAAAAUCUGUGAGCUAGGGGCUGGGGGUAGGUCAGAGAGUGAAAAGAGCUUGUCAAGCAUGAAGACUUGAGUUCAAAUCUGUAGCACUCACAUUAACAGCCAGAUAUAUGCUGUGUCUGUACUCCCAUUUGCUGUGGAGUGAAGGAAUGAGGCAAGUCAGGCGAAUCUCUGGAACCCAGUGAUUCAAAAAGAGAUAUUGUCUCAAAUACUAAGGGGGAAAACAACAGAACAAGACACCCCAUGUUGAUCUUUAACUUCUACAUACAUAUACCACAUAUACAGUAAAUAAAUAACAUUCUUAGCAAGUUUUGCAUUUACAAUUUUUAAAAUCCUAACACAUGGAAAUUGUUGUUAAUUUGACUUGAUUAUGAGCUGAUUCUCUUCAAGCUUUGGACCUAUGAGAAAACUCAGUGAUGGAAUGAGGACUUCUUUACUUCCCUGCUGUUGAUCACAGCUUUCUCAUUAUUCUCACUCACGAUUGGAUAGAUGGACUUUAUGUUUUUAACUAUCGUGUUAUUUUGUUUCCUGAUUUGCCAGUUUUAUCAUAUUAGUCUGUUUUACAUUGGUAUUGUAAAAUACUAGACACUAUACUUUAUAAAGAUGGGUUUGUAUCUCAAUUCCUCUAAAUAUCAUGAUGCUCUUCUCACAGCACCAUGUUUCCCUGCCCAGUGUCGUAACCUGAGUGAAAUGCAGACAGAGAAAUAACUGCAUGCAGAAGAGACCAAGUACAGUAGGGGGCUGUGACUUGUGAUGGCCUGUUCUCAUGGAAACCAACUUGAUCUUAGUUAGGAGAGCCAAAGCAAUCCCUUCUAAAGGUGCAGUAUCCAAGACUUAGUUACUUCUAACAGCUCCCUUCCUCAUCUUCCUCCUCCUCUUUUUUUUUUUUUUCUUUUUGGUUAUUGGAGAAAGAGUUUCUCUGUGUAGCCCUGACCAUCCUGGAACUCCUCCGUAGACCAGGCUGGCCUUGAACUCACAGAGGUCUGCCUGCCUCUGCCUCUCCCAUCAGGGCAGGACCAUCCUCUUAAAGAUCUGCCACCACUUAAUACCAGUAGGUUAGAUAACGUGCUUCCAGGAUGUGAGUUGUGCUGGAACACACUGAUCGGACCAAACUUCAGUGUCCUCAUUUGUCUUAUUUCCCCACACGCACAGGCCUAUAGGCACUCCACGAAUCUUUCCACUUGGCAGUUCCUGAGCUCGUUUGUUGUGUUUUUAUGAUUGUCUCAUCAGUUCAUAUUUUUUACCCUUGUCUACAGACGCAUCAUUAAAUAUUGUACAGCACUUGUUGGAUGUUGGGUGUUUUUGUAAUGAUUUCCUCCUGCAUUAUAAGUUCUUGGAAGGUAUGAAUCCCACAGUUUUCUUUUACCUUUUCUUCCAUACCUUGUCAUCAUCUGUAAUCUCCUUACUUGUGCCUGAAACAUAUAAUUUAGACUUUCCUUCAGUGACAUCUUUUGAAGAAAAAGGCUUUUUAUCAAACUGUGUCUCGUGUGUUUGUCUUAUCAUCAAAGGCUGUUUUGGUGACUAUAGAACUUUUAUGUUGCUGAGUGUUUUCAUCUUGUUAAAAAUACUGUGUCCUCUCUUAAAUCUCAUUGUUGUUAUCAAGAAUGAUUGUUCCUUUAGAGGGAAACUGUCAUCUACACUCCAUAGCCACAUUGAAAUAUCUCAUACAGUCUUUGAAAAAGUGUGGAACCAUACAGGGAUACAGAAGGUGUGUUUCUGUAGAAAGUUUAAACUUCUUAGAGGUAGGAGAGGUACUGACUCCUCUCCAGGGCCUUGCAACACAUGGAACAUUAAUCCACUCAAGAGUUGGUCCCUCCUUUCCAGUUUACCCCC